ACUCUCACGUGGUGCUGAAAGGCCAGCGUCGUCUGGUGCCUCGGUUUCUGUCCAGUCUUCCCUGCUAACCGUUUAUCGCAAUCGACAAUUGAAAGUUUAGGCGAGCACUUACCUCGCCCACCUUUCCACCGCCCUCAUGACAUCCUAUCGUACGUUCGCACCCGUGGACUCCAAGAAAGAGGAUUUCCGGAAAUACAUUGAAAAAAGUGGACUGCUGGAAAGAAUGACUCUAGCUCUUGUGAGCCUCUUUGAAGAGCAGGAAAGGCCGGAAAACGCGAAUUGCGUAUCCUUUCUCUACUUCAAAUCUCGCUUCGAUCCUGACAGCUGGGAAACCAGCAAUGAAGCUAUGAAGAAGGAGCUGGAGCAGGUGCGGAGGCAACUUGAAGAACUGCAGAUAGAGCACAAUCUUCUGAAAAUGCAGAUGGCCAAGGGUGUUGUGGAGGAGGCAGUUGUUGCAGAGCCUGAACAGUAG